AUCACCCACUAUUCCCUUACAUCUCCCAACCUCUCUAAACAACGUCGAUUAUCCUUCGUCGUUGUCUUCCUUUUACUACCUCCAUCAACAAAACCCAAGUCAACAUCAAGACCUGUACCUUUGAACCACGUCGUUGUCACUACUCUGACCUUACGACGCCAUCCUUUCAAUCCCCACCACAAGAAAUUCACAAAACCUCCAUUUCCCCCAAUCACACACAUACAAUGGCUGCUACCAAGAACCUCAAGGCUGUCCACUUCGGUGCUGGCAACAUUGGCCGUGGCUUUGUUGCCUGCUUCCUGCACAACAGUGGCUAUGAGGUCGUCUUCGCUGAUGUUGUGCCCGAGGUUGUUGACAAGCUGAACAACACCAAGUCGUACAAGGUCAUUGAGGUCGGCACUGAGGGCACUGUCGAGGAGAUCAUCACCAACUACCGUGCCAUAAAUUCUCGCACUCACCAUGAUGACCUCGUCAAUGAGAUCGCCAGUGCUGAUGUUGUCACCUGCUCUGUCGGCCCCACCAUCCUCAAGUUCAUUGCCCCUGUCAUCGCCCAGGGCAUCCAGAAGCGUUCUGAUGACAUGAAGCCCCUGGCUGUCAUCGCCUGCGAGAACAUGAUCAACGCCACCACCGCCCUUGCUGAGCACAUCAAGGACCCAAAGAACACCCCCGAGAACCUUCUCGAGGUCCACAACCAGCGCGUGCGUUACGCCAACUCGGCUAUUGACCGAAUCGUCCCCGCCCAGGACCCCGAUGCUGGUCUCAAUGUGAAGCUCGAGAAGUUCUACGAGUGGGUUGUGGAGCAGCUCCCCUUCGAGGGCCAGCACCCUGCCAUCGACGGCAUCAACUGGGUCGACCACCUCGAGCCCUACAUCGAGCGUAAGCUGUAUACCGUCAACACUGGCCAUGCCACCGCCGCCUACCACGGCUACAACCGCAAGAAGCGCACCGUCUACGACGCCCUCCAAGACAAGGAGAUCAUGGCCGAGGUCAAGAAGGCCCUGGACAACACUUCCACCCUGAUCACCUCCAAGCACGAGACCACCGAGGAGGAGCAGGCUGCAUACGUCAAGAAGAUCAUUUCCCGCAUUGGCAACCCUCACCUCGAAGACGCCGUGGAGCGUGUCGGUCGUGCCCCCCUGCGCAAGCUCGGCCGCAAGGAGCGCUUCAUCGGCCCUGCUGCUCACCUUGCUGAGAUGGGCGAGGACUGCAGUGGCCUCCUUGAUGCUGCCGAGAUGGCCUUCCGCUUCCAGAACAUCGAGGGUGAUGACGAGUCCAGGGAGCUUGCCCAGAUCAUGGCCUCUCAGAGCCCCGACGAGAUCGUCUCCCAGGUCUGCGGCCUGCAGAAGUCGGAGAAGCUGUACCCCAUGGUGGUCGACAUCGUGAAGAAGGUGCAGGCCGACGCUGAGGACUAAGGCCUCGAGACAGUCACAUUUUGUCUUUCCAAUUUUGAUGAAGGGAUGAUGCAUUGGCGUUUUGAUCUGCGAAUUAAGGAAACUGGCCAGGUGUUCGGGAACGGAUGGAAUCAUGGAAAUGCAUACCCUUUUUGACGGCUCUUGAUGCUUGGAACCCAGGCAUGACCUGGGCAAUGAUAACAAGCAGACUACUGGCGAGAUAGCCAAUUCUAAAACAACUUGAUCAU